AUGUUAUUCUUAUUGUUUGUCACAUUGUGCUUUGGACAACACGUUGCCAACAUUGCCCCAGCUGAUGUUGAGAAUUUUAUUAACGAACAAAAAUUUACAUUUCUUUGUUUUACUGACCCAAAAGAUGCAAAAAUGUUGACUAAGAAAAUGGAAAAAAUGAGUUCUAGUUUUGAAGAAGUCACAUUUGGUAUUUAUAAUGCAUCAUUAGAUGGAGAAGUAGAGACUAAGUAUUCUAUCUCGUCAUUACCAUCAUUCAUUCUUCAACGACCUGGUUAUCAAAAGAGAUUUUAUUAUGAUAGUUGGAGUUCUGACACUAUUUUUGAAUUCUUAAAAGAAGGUACUUCUCCAGUCACUGAACAUAUUAGUUUUGAGAAAGGACAAGAACUUUUAAAAGAAGAGACAGUCAAAGAGGAAAAAGGUAAAAAGAAAGGAAAAAAGAUUCACCCAUUCUUUUUAUUAGUUGCAAAAUCUGAAACAGACAAAGAAAUAAUAAAUAAAUACAUUGCUAUUGCUGAUGAAUUAAAAUUAUCAGUAGAAGAUCAUUUCUAUAUUACUGAAGGAGAUUUAGCUCUCUAUCAUAGAAACAAGGAUGGAAUUAUGACAUGGGACAAAAAGUUUGAACUUGAUUGGUGGAUGAACGUAGUCAUUUUCCCAGUCUUUUCUAAGUUAAAUGAUGCUAUGACUGAUAUGCUUGAUUUUAACCAUCAAUUACCAAUAUUUUGGUAUUUCUCUGCCAAGCAUAAUCAAACUGCACAUGACAUUAUCAGGAAACUUGCUGAAGAAUAUCGUUUAAAGAUGCUUUUCAUUCAAGUUGAUGGUAAGGAUAUUGAGCUUGGAUUAUAUGGACAAACAUCUGCACCAUCUGCUACAAUCCUCCAUGCAAAUGGAAGAACUAUGUAUCCAUUAAAGAGUCUUGAUAAUAUAAGUGAGGACAUUAAAAGUUAUUUCAAUAAUAAAUUAGAACCAUUAAUAAGAAGUAGUAAAGAAAAGACAGUUAUCCCAGAAGUUCAAGCUGAACAACUUUUAAGAAGUGAAUUUGAUGAUGUUGUUAAAAAUACAAAGGACUUGGUUAUCUUUGUUAUUGAUUCUUCACCAUUCACCUUGAGUGUUUUAAAGAGAGAUAUCGCUGCUUUCCUUAACAGAACUCAUGCAGUCACUUCAUUUAAACCAUACUGGAUGAAUUCUGAUACUGAUGAUGUUCCAGCAGAAAUUCAAUUUACGAAUGUACCUGCAGUUUUAGUACAUACUAAUGGUGCUUGGAAUACUAUGGACACAUACCCAUCUCAAAAAGGAGUUAUGGACUUUGUAUCACAGUUCUUUAAAUUUGAAGCAUUACCAGAAAUUCCUGAAUCUCAAUUACCACCAUUAGAAGAGGAGGAUGACGACGAAGAUAUUGAAGAUGAUAUCGAUGAAGAACUUGAAGAAGAAGAAGAACGAAAACCAAAGAUUGAGUUAACUAUAGAACAAGUUAAAGAACUAUUAAAAGACAAGUUUGUUUUGAGUACUCUUGAAGAAAUAAAUUGGAAGAAAUUAUUUAAAGUUGGUAAAGCAUUCAAUGUCGAUGAUGAUAAGUCAAUCAAAAAGUUAAUGGGGGAUGAUACGUUUAUGAGCUUAAUCACACCUUUUUAUCAAGAACUUCAUCCUAUCAAAAGGUCAGUUAAACCAAAACACCAACGAGAUGAACUUUAA